AUGUCUUCCUCCACAAGGUCCUUCAUGACACUCCUCGCUCUGGUGGGUCUGGCGAGCACCAGCGUGGCCUUCGUUCUGCCAGACUACUACAACACUGACAGGGACAAAUCUGUCAUGAAGACGUUCACAAAGAAGAAUUCCACUCCGCUGAGAGGGCCUGGGAAAAGAAAGUUUCCUCCGCUGACAGGGCCUGGGAAAAGGAAGUUCCCUCCGCUGACAGGGCCUGGGAAAAGGAAGUUUCCUCCGCUGACAGUGCCUGGGGAAAGGAAGUUUCCUCCGCUGACAGGGCCUGGGGAAAGGAAGUUUCCUCCGCUGACAGGGCCUGGGGAAAGGAAGUUUCCUCCGCUGACAGUGCCUGGGGAAAGGAAGUUUCCUCCGCUGACAGUGCCUGGGGAAAGGGAGUUUCCUCCGCUGAUAGGGCUUGGGAAAAGGAAGUUUCCUCCGCUGGAAAGGCCUGGGAAAAAGAAGUUUCCUCCGCUGACAGGGCCUGGGGAAAGGAAGUUUCCUCCGCUGACAGGGCCUGGGAUAAGGAAGUUUCCUCCGCUGACAGGGACUGGGGAAAAGAAGUUUCCUCCGGUGACAGGGCCUGGGAUAAAGAAGUUUCCUCCGCUGACAGGGCCUGGGAAAAAGAAGUUUCCUCCACUGACAGGGCCUGGGAAAAGGAAGUUUCAUCCGCUGACAGUGCUUGGAGAAAGGAAGUUUCCUCCGCUGACGGGGUCUGGGAAAAAGAAUUUUAUUCCGCUGACAGGGCCUGGGGAAAGGAAAUUUCCUCCGCUAAAAAGCCCUGGGAAAAGGAAGUUUCCUCCGCUGAAAGUGCCUGGGGAAAGGAAGUUUCCUCCGGUGACAGGGCCUGGGAAAAGGAAGUUUCCCCCGCUGACAGGGCCUGGGAAAAGGAAGUUUCCUCCGCUGACAAGGCCUGGGAAAAGGAAGUUUCCUCCGCUGGCAGGGCCUGGGAAAAAGAACUUCUCUUCGCUGAGAGGGCCUGGGGAAAGGAAGUUUCCUCCGCUAACAGGGCCUGGGAAAAAGAACUUCCCUCCGGUGAGAAGGCCUGGGGAAAGGAAGUUUCCUCCGCUGACAGGGCCUGGGGAAAGGAAGUUUCCUCCGGUGACAGGGCCUGGGGAAAGGAAGUUUCCUUCGCUGACAGGGCCUGGGAAAAAGAACUUCCCUCCGGUGAGAAGGCCUGGGGAAAGGAAGUUUCCUCCGCUGACAGGGCCUGGGAAAAAGAACUUCCCUCCGGUGAGAAGGCCUGGGGAAAGGAAGUUUCCUUCGCUGACAGGGCCUGGGAAAAGGAAGUUUCCCCCGCAGACAGGGCCUGGAAAAAAGAACUUCCCUCCGCUGAGAGGGCCUGGGGAAAAGAAGUUUCCUCCGCUGACAGGGCCUGGGAAAAGGAAGUUUCCUCCGCUGACAAGGCCUGGGAUAAGGAAGUUUCCCCCGCUGACAGAGCCUGGGAAAAAGAACUUCCCUCUGCUGAGAGGGCCUGGGGAAAGGAAGUUUCCUCCGCUGACAGGGCCUGGGAUAAGGAAGUUUCCUCCGCUGAGAGGGACUGGGGAAAAGAAGUUUCCUUCGCUGACAGGGCCUGGGUUAAAGAAGUUUCCUCCGCUGACAGGGCCUGGGAAAAGGAAGUUUCCUCCACUGACAGGGCCUGGAAAAAGGAAGUUUCAUCCGCUAACAGGGACUGGGGAAAGGAAAUUUCCUCCGCUGACGGGGCCUGGGAAAAAGAAUUUUCUUCCACUGACAGGGCUUGGGGAAAGGAAGUUUCCUCCGCUGAAAAGCCCUGGGAAAAGGAUGUUUCCUCCGCUGAAAGUGCUUGGGGAAAGGAAGUUUCCUCCGCUGAGAGGGCCUGGGGAAAGGAAGUUUCCUCCGCUGACAGGGCCUGGGGAAAGGAAGUUUCCUCCGCUGACAGUGCCUGGGGAAAGGAAGUUUCCUCCGCUGACAGUGCCUGGGGAAAGGAAGUUUCCUCCGCUGAAAGUGCUUGGGGAAAGGAAGUUUCCUCCGCUGAGAGGGCCUGGGGAAAGGAAGUUUCCUCCGCUGACAGGGCCAGGGGAAAGGAAGUUUCCUCCGCUGACAGUGCCUGGGGAAAGGAAGUUUCCUCCGGUGACAGGGCCUGGGUAAAAGAACUUCCCUCCGCUGAGAGGGCCUGGGGAAAGGAAGUUUCCUUCGCUGACAGGGCCUGGGAAAAGGAAGUUUCCUCCGCUGACAGGGCCUGGGAAAAGGAAGUUUCCUCCGCUGACAGUGCCUGGGGAAAGGAAGUUUCC